UUUAAUUAAUUUAAUUACUCAUUACACUUAAUUAAUUCAUUACAACUACUUAAUCUCUUAACUUUGAAACUUCUAUAAAUUCUCAAAAGAAGUAGCAAAACUAUAUGGUGCUUAUAUUUAUGGACUAAUAUUAUAGAUAUAUAUAUUUAUUCUAAGCUCAAAAAAUGAUGUUUGGCCAGAGAUUAACAUGCUUAUUCUUUCUAAUGUUUAUGUUCAUGAAUUGUACUCAAGCUUCAACUCACUACAACUUUGUGGUGAAAGAAGCUCCAUACACAAGACUAUGCAGCACUAAAAAUAUAUUGACCAUAAAUGGGAAAUUUCCAGGACCAACAAUAAGAGUUCACAAAGGAGAUACCAUUUAUGUUAGGGUUCACAACAAAGGGAAUCACAACAUCACCAUUCAUUGGCAUGGAGUGAAGCAACCAAGAAAUCCAUGGUCAGAUGGGCCAGAAUACAUAACACAAUGCCCAAUUCAACCAGGUGAAACAUUCAACCAAAAGAUAAUAUUUUCAAAUGAAGAAGGAACAUUAUGGUGGCAUGCUCAUAGUGAUUGGUUAAGAGCUACUGUUCAUGGAGCUAUUGAGAUUUUUCCAAAGAAAGGAACCACUUUUCCUUUCCCAAAACCUCAUAAACAAAUUCCCAUCAUUCUAGGUGAAUGGUGGAAGAAGGAUAUUCUAGAAGUGCUUGAGGAAUUUGUUGUGAGUGGUGGUCAACCCAAUGUUUCUGAUGCUUUCACCAUUAAUGGUCAGCCUGGAGAUUUCUACAAUUGUUCAAAACCAGGGACAUUCAAACUAGUUGUGGAACAAAACAAAAGAUACCUAUUGAGAAUAAUAAAUGCAGCAAUGAACGAAAUCCUCUUCUUCUCCAUAGCUCAACACAAUCUCACUGUGGUUGGAAUUGAUGGUAGCUACACCAAACCCUUAACCACAAAUUUCAUAACAAUCUCGCCAGGUCAAACCAUCGACGCCCUGUUACAAACCGCCAUGUCGCCCCCCAACCGAAAUAACCGCCAAUACUACAUGGCAGCUAGGGCUUACUCAACAGGAGUGAAUGUCACCUUUGAUAACACCACAACAACAGCCAUUCUACAAUACAAAAUAUUAAACGACACCGUAAAUGAUGACGUGGCAUGUCGUUUGACUGGUCAACCUUUGUUUCCUUAUUAUGACCUUCCUUACUACAAUGACACAAACUCAGCUCUCAAUUUUGUGACAAGUCUUAGGAGUUUGGCUAAUCAAGACCAUCCAAUAAAUGUUCCAAUCGAAAUCAACAAACAUAUUUUUUCCACUAUUUCAAUCAACACAUUUCCUUGCCCUAAUGGCUAUAAUGUUAAUGACACGUGUCAAGGACCCAAUGGGACACGUUUGGCUGCUAGUAUGAACAACAUAAGCUUUGUGUUCCCUAACAAAAUUGAUGUUUUGGAAGCUUACUAUUUUCACAUCAAUGGGAUUGUUAGGGCAAACUUUCCGAUUUUUCCGCCUCUUUUGUUUAACUUUACGGGCGAUUUUUUGCCGUUGGCGCUUCAAACGCCGAUGAAUGGAACUAGGGUUAGGGUUUUGGAGUAUGGGUCUAAUGUUGAACUUGUGUUCCAAGGAACUAAUUUGGUUGCUGGAAUUGACCACCCUAUGCAUCUUCAUGGGUUUAGUUUUUAUGUUGUUGGUUAUGGUUUGGGUAAUUUUGAUCCCAAAAGAGAUGAAUUGGGAUAUAAUCUUGUUGAUCCUCCUUUGCAAAAUACUGUCAUGGUGCCUAAAAAUGGCUGGGCCACCAUAAGAUUUGCUGCCACUAAUCCAGGAGUGUGGUUUAUGCAUUGUCAUUUGGAGCGUCAUUUGACUUGGGGAAUGGACACAGUUUUCAUAGUGAAGAAUGGCAAAUACAAACAAGCUCAGUUGCUCCCUCCUCCACCAGACAUGCCUCCAUGCUAAUUAAUAAUCUUAAUUAAUUAUCAUAAUUAAUUAUAUAUCUCUAUGUGUGAUCACAUCUCUCUCUCUCUCUCUACCUAAUAAUAUAUAUUUAUAGCUAGAGAGAUCAAGAGAUCGUUAUUUAAUUGCUUAUAAAUUUGUACUUGGAUUCAUGAUCAUGUCCCAAAUAAAUAAGUUAUAUAUAUAACUUAAAUAAUAUUGUC